AUGCGGAUCAAUGCGAGUCGUACGCAAGCACAUUUAGUACACUACAAGGAUCAGCAGACUUUGCUUUUGGCGCGUCAACGCGCUGAACGUCGCGUUUACGAAGAAAAAGAAAAGCAUCAACUGCGUCUUCAGCAACUUUCACACCGUAAACAACUUUCAAGUGACAACAAAGAUUGUAAUAGUAAAACUAUUCCACCAAGAAGAAAAUCAUAUCGUGUGGAUAAAUCUCAUGGAAUCUGCUUUGUAAGUAUAAAAGCACUAAUAAAUAAUUAUUUGUACUCUUCAUUCAUGGCUCAACACUCAAUUUCAUAG